AAGUCUCAUUCUCAUCUCUCAGUUCUCCUAGUUCUCUUCUUCUUCAUCUUCUGCCACAUCCUCGUUUCCGGUUUUCUUCUUUAUCUCCGGCGAAACUUUUGACGCCGAUAGCAGUCAUUUUCUUCAUCUCUGGCGAAGCUUCCGACGUGACCCAAACGUUUGCUGGUCGUCUUCUUCAACUCCGGUGAAGCUUCCGACGCGACUCAGACAUUUACCGGUCAUCUUCUUCAGCUCCGGCGAAACUUCAGGCGAACCUCCACGUUUUCCGGAACCCCUGUUAUGAGUUAUUGAUUGCUGUUUAUAAGGAGGGAACUGGGAAAGACUACAGUUUUUAUUGAGUUGCAUGGUCAAACCGGUUUGAUUAAUUUGUUUUCUUUUUGAGGAUAAGGAAAGAGUAUGGAAGGGUUAUUGAAUUCUUUGCUAAACCAAAGUUGUUUAAAACCCUUUGGUUUUGCUCCAAGACUUAGUUAUAAUUUUCCAGAGAUCACGAGAAAUAGGCAUUUAAAUCGAGAACCCAAGUCUUGCACCCUGAGAAGUAAUUGCGCACGUUUAGGUAGAGACACUACCACUGGCUCCAGAGGAGCCAGUGUUACUGCACUGGAUGGUGAUGAUAAAGGAGAGGAGUCUAAUAUGGACUGGGAAGUGGAGUUCCUUGGGGAACUGGAUCCAUUUGGUUACCGGGCUCCUAAGAAAAGGGGAAAAGAACAGAGGUCAAAGUUGCUUGAUAAUACUGACGGAAUGGAUUGGUGUGUGAGGGCAAGAAAGAAGGCACUGAGAUCAAUUGAAGCGAGGGGCAUGACUGAUGUGAUGGAAGAUUUAGUCGCAGUGAAGAAGAAAAAGAAGAAGGGUAAGAAGAAGUUGGAGAGCAAGAAGAAAAUUGUUAAGAAAAUUGAGGACAUGGAAGAUGAUCUUGAGUAUAGUUCGGAGGAAGACUUGCCACAGCCUAUGCAACCUGUGAAUGAUUUUGGUGAUUUGAAAAGGAGGGUGAGUAUGUUUGCUGAUGGAAUGUUUGUAGAAAAGAAGGAAAAAACAAUGGAAGAAUUUGUCAAUAGGCUUUCUCAAUUCUCUGGGCCAUCUGACCAUAGAAAAGAAGUCAACUUGAACAAAGCAAUUACAGAAGCACAGACUGCAGAGGACGUCUUGGAGGUUGCUUAUGAAAUAAUUGUUGCAGUUGCGAAAGGUCUUAGCCCCUCACCUCUGUCCCCCUUGAACAUUGCUACUUCUCUUCAUCGCAUUGCUAAAAAUAUGGAGAAGGUUUCUAUGAUGAGAACUCGAAGACUGGCUUUCGCUCGACAAAAAGAGAUGUCUAUGCUUGUGGGCAUUGCAAUGACAGCCUUACCCGAAUGCUCUGCUCAAGGAAUUUCUAACAUAUCUUGGGCAUUGUCUAAAAUUGGAGGUGAAUUACUUUAUAUUUCAGAAAUGGAUAGAAUUGCGGAAGUUGCACUGACCAAGGUUCAGGAAUUCAACUCUCAAAACAUUGCUAAUAUUGCUGGUGCUUUCGCAUCAAUGCAGCACUCUGCUCCUGAUCUCUUCUCCGAGUUGUCCAAAAGGGCUUCAGACAUAAUUCAUACCUUCCAAGAACAAGAACUUGCUCAGCUUUUGUGGGCUUUUGCUUCUCUGUAUGAGCCUGCUGACCUUGUAUUUGAUUCUUUAGACACAGUCUUCAAAGAUCCUUGUCAAUUGAAAGGUUAUAUUAGUGGAAAGACAUCAAAUAAUGAUGUACAAGUCAGUGUUGAUAGAAGUGGUGCCUCAAAUGGAUCUCUUGGUUCUCCUAUACUAACUUUAAGUAGGGAUCAGCUUGGGUCUAUUGCUUGGUCCUAUGCUGUCCUUGGACAAAUGGAUAGGAGAUUCUUCACUUAUGUCUGGAAAACUCUCAGCCAUUAUGAGGAACAAAAGAUUUCAGAGCUGUAUAGGGAGGAUAUCAUGUUUGCUUCUCAGGUUCAUCUUGUAAACCAGUGCUUGAAGCUUGAAUACUCACAUCUUCAGUUGUCAUUAUGCGGUGAGCUCGAGGAUAAAGUUGCUCUUGCUGGAAAAACUAAAAGGUUUAAUCAGAAAAUAACUUCAUCAUUUCAGAAAGAGGUUGGACGUCUACUUAUUAGCACUGGCCUGGAAUGGGUCAAAGAAUAUGUUGUGGAUGGAUACACUUUGGAUGCUGUGCUAGUUGAUAAGAAGCUUGCUUUGGAGAUUGAUGGUCCAACUCAUUUCUCGAGAAAUACUGGUGUUCCGUUAGGACAUACCAUGUUAAAACGCCGAUAUGUCACUGCUGCUGGUUGGAAAGUCAUCUCAUUAUCCUAUCAGGAGUGGGAAGAACUUCAAGGAGCAUUUGAGCAAGUAGAGUACCUUAGGAACAUUCUCAAAAAUCAUAUAGAUGAAGGAUAUGCCAAAACUACAUUGACUGAGCUUUCAACAAAACCAUGUUCAUCAAAGAGGGAACAUCCAUCGAUAUAAUGCGGAAUGAAGAUGGGUGGAAUAUGGCAGGUGAAGACGUACUAGAUUCUGACCUUCGGUUCAUCUUUGGUUUCCCGUUUGAGGAGCCGAAGUUAUUUUACUGCUAAAACUUUACUUCUACCAUGUUGGGAGCCAUUAAGCCAAUGCGAAUCCAAAGCUGUAAAAGGACACAUGCAAUCAUAGUUAGGUAGGUAGGCAUGGCUAAGAGUGCUCCAAGUACUUGUUAAAGAAUAACUACAUUUAACACUACUAAUAUUUUUUAAAUACAUUGAUUGUCUUGCAUUUGCAGGAUAAAAAUG